AUGAGUGAAUUCGUUUGUUUUCGACGCGAUAUAUGUGCUCAAAUAAUAAGCGGAAAAAGUACUUCAGAUAUUGAAAAAUAUCUGUUGGACAAUUUCCAUUUAUCAACGACAGAAGUCAAUGCGGUUAUACAAAGUAUUCAAAGGAGUUUGAUUACGAUUUGUAACCAAAAAUGGGCGAAAGCUCUAAGAAAACAAGAACGCUUUGAGAGUCAAUACACAAAUUGGUUGAAUGGUGAGUUUAAAGUACUAUUGCCUUCGUGUAGUACCUCAACAUCUGAAAAUUCUGACUUAAAUACAUCUGAAGAUCGUGGUAAACUAACAAAACCAUAUGAGGCGUGUUCGGAAAGUACGAGAAAACGUAAAAACAUGGAAUUACUUCAGGAGUAUGGAAUGGGGCAUGUGCAUUACGCUUAUGUGCAAGGUUUACGAUCUAUGGGUGAAAAUGAUGAAGCUUCGAUUGUGAGUAUUAUGAGAAAUACAGAAAAGGAGGAGAAAAAAGUCAUUUUAAGAAACAUUUUAGAAAGUUCAGACGAUGUCCUUUCCUAUACCAAAGGAGAAGCAUUGUGUAUAUACAUAUAUUGA